GCUGGUGUGUUGCUGUCGCUAUCUUCGUGCCUGCUUGGACGCUUGCGACUGCCAACACAAAGAUGAACCAAUUUUUCGCUUUUCUUGUGCUCUGCCUGGCGGCAAGCGUGAAUGGCUUCGUGCCAGCUCCAGCAGCCUUCUCAAAGGGCCAGUUCGCGUCGAGAGCAGCAGCAUCAUCUCAGGUCGCUCGAUCGUCGAUCUCGCCGCGGACGGGCGUGUCGUCUGCCUCGAACCCCGGCGUUGGCGUUAUGAUGAUGGCCGCGAAGGCGGAGGAGGCGACGAGAAGCUUCUGGGAAGGGGAGUGGGUAUGUGCUGACUGCGGUUACAUCUACGACAUCGACGACUGCGGUGGGCUGUACCUCGAGGAACAGAAGCGUGGGUUCGUUUGCCCGCAGUGCCGCGGCCCCCGCCGCCGGUUCGCGAAGAAGGUCGGCAACCAGGUGGGUAUCACCCAGGACGGAGGCGAUGCGCCCAUCUUGCUAUUCUCCUUCCUCGGCCUGUGGGCUACCGUGGCGUUCGGCUACUGGUUCGCCGGGCAGUAGAAGGGCCUUCUUCACGACGGAGUGUGGAUGGGUGGAAACAGGAUAGCUUGAUGCUGGGCGGGGGUUUGGGAUUUCUUCUUGGGUGUUGUUGGGCGUUCUGGGGGGUCUCUGGUGGUGUGUGGAAAUCGCACGAUGCUGCCUCAGCAUCGGCGAGACGGGCGUAAAGGGGGCCCCGCGUGAUCCGCUAGGGGGUAGUGAGAGCCUCGUUCCGAGGGUAAGUCUAGAUAGAGCAAGGGCGGGAUAUACCUUCUUUAGAGUGAGCAGCAUCACAGGCUGUCGCGGAAUGUCUUCGCAGCCAACACCAACUUUUUAAUUCGUUAGCAUUCUUGUAAGGCCCAGCUGCCGCGUUGGUGUGCGCUAAAGCUUCGCUGAACCAAGAGAGCGUAUGAUGCCAAGCUGCCGAAACUAUGCGGAGCAUGUUGGUGUGACAGAUUAGGAGGGGAUGCCGGGGGGCGGGGGGGGGUCGAUGGCGCUCUCUCGAACAGUUGUCCGGUGUGUCGUCUGGAGUUUAAAUUUGGGGGAAUCUUCCACGCGCGGGAGAGGGACACGAAAAAGAAAAGCAACCCAGGGCACUGCGUGAGCCUGUUGCAACCCUCGGUUCCACGGCCGGUGUGUUUUGGCCCCUCAUACUAUUGUGUGUAGACUGACUGCUGUGUUAGGGUGUGUACGGUAGACGCUAAUAUCACAAAUCACAAAAUGAUGGAGAUACAUUCGGGGUUUGAGUUGUCGUCACUAGAGGCCGUUUGUCAUCUGUUUCUAUGGGCGAGGCUAUUUGAUGCCACUCCACCCCCGCAACUCCGCUAUUAGCGUUUACAGGGUGUCUGCCGCACACUCCUUAGAGCGAAGACGGAUCUAGCUGUUGUCGGAGAAGCGUAGCAAAACCUUCUAGCCGUCCUACAAUAGAUACACACCUACGCCCCGACAAUACCGGCUAUGCCACCGUGUAGGCCCGUGUUAUAUCGUGCGAAAAAACAUUAACC